ACACACAAAAUCCCACUACUUGAACUAUGAUAGUGGGUGGAAUUGGAAAGAAAGAAGCUUUUUCCCUUCAUUGACCACACACACACACACACACACACACGCACCAACAGAAUACUAUUACACCACAACAAAAGAAAAAAAAUAAAGGUAAAAAGAGCAAUAUUCACUGACAUCAUCCCAUCACCCCCCAUCCCAUCCUUUGACUCUUUCUUAACACCCCUUAUCUCUCUCUAUCUCCCCUCCUCCCUCCUUCCUCCACCUUCUCUCUUACUUCUCUCUCUCAAAGAGUUUUGGAGUUCCUGUGAAUUAUGGUGAAGGACGAUCUGUACGUAACUGUGCCAACUUAUUUCCGCUGUCCCAUCUCUCUGGACGUCAUGAAGUCGCCGGUGAGUUUGUGCACCGGUGUCACUUAUGACCGCAGCAGCAUCCAGCGCUGGCUUGACGGCGGGAACAACACUUGCCCCGCCACCAUGCAGGUGCUUCAUAAUAAGGAGCUUAUCCCUAAUCAUACCCUCCAGCGUCUCAUCAAAAUCUGGUCCGACUCGGUUCUGACUCGCCAGUCUGACUCGCCUCCCCCUCCGCCUGACUCGCUCACCUCUGACCAGGCCCGUGACCUCAUCCGCCAACUCGAGAAUGAUCUUCAGGGUUUGGAGAAAUCUUCGCUUUUUUGUACUUCGGUGGUCGUGACGAAUCUCUCUAGGCUUGUUUUGUUCGCCGGUGAAGCGGAGGAGAACGGGAGGUUUUUGGGGGAGGCCGGUGCCAGGAUUCUGCCGUUGCUGGUGGCUUGUAUUGGGAAAGUGAAGGAUUUGAGUUUCUUGGAGAAAAUUGUUUUGUUUUGCAAUGUCUUGAUGAAGAAUCUAGGCAAGGACGACGCCGAAGAACACGCAAAUGCAUUGAAAUCAAUGUUUGGAACGGGGAACUGUGAUUUGAAGGCGGCGAUUAUGAUGGGUCUGAAGCAAGGGAAGCUGGAGCUAAGAAUAGCAGUGGCCAGAUUCCUCGAGCUCAUGGCGGCGCGUUUGUGUUUGGAACUGCAUUCCUCUCCGAUUUCAGAGGACGACGAGAUCUACUCCGAGCUCCUGAGGUUAAUAACCACCUCUGAUCUGAACCCUGACGCCAUGGACGCCUCCCUGAGUUUCUUGACGCGAUUGGUAGUGCUAAAGAGGAACAGAGUCAAGAUGAUCCGCGCUGGAGGAGUAAAGGUGCUGACGGCGGCGCUCUCGCAGUCGGAACUCAGUGCCCCACUCUCUGAAAAAGUGCUCAAGCUACUCGAAAUGUCGUCGGGCUGCAAAGAAGGACGAAAUGAGAUCUGCACGAGCGAAACCUGCGUGCGGGCGAUAGUGAAGAAGGUUUUGAAGGUCUCGAACGCGGCGACUGAGCACGCAGUGACGGUGCUGUGGAGCCUGUGCUGUUUGUUCGGCGAGAAGAGGGCCGCUUCGGCGCUGGCGGAGAGCAACGGGAUGGCGAAGAUCCUUCUGCUGCUGCAGAGCAAUUGCUCGCCGGCGGUGAGGCAAAUGUGCCGCGAUUUGCUCAGAGUUUUCCGGUGCAGCUCCAAGAAUUCUUGCGUUUCUUGGUAUGAUACGAAGACGACUCAUAUUAUGCCCUUUUGAUCAGUAAUGUAGAGAGAGAGAGAGGGAGAGAGAUACUGUAUUUUUUUUUGUUUUGUUGGGAUUAAUGUAAAUGUAAAAGCAAUUUUGAUGAGGAAAAUAUAGGAAGAAAAAUGGAUUAAUUUUGAA